AUGACCCCCGUAUUAUACAUGAAAUAUGACUCAUCAGAUGAAGAAAAAAAUGAAGGAAUGAUCAUAAAUUUCCCUGUUACAUAUAUCUUGUCUAAAUUAUUAGCAAAUUUAAUUAGUUUAGUAUCCUAUAACAAAUAUGAUGUAGAAUAUAUAAGUAGUACUUUGCAGCAUUUACUUGUCUAUGAAUUAACUAACAAUUUAAAUGAUCUACCAAAGAGUCUUGGAUUUUUCGAUACACAUAUAAGUUUAUACACGGAUUCAUUAAAUAAUAUAUUUGAUCAAAUACCUAAUAAUAAUAAAAAUAUGGAUAUAUUAGAUCAUUAUACUUAUUUCGAAGGAUAUUUAGAUCGAGUUCAAAUGAUAAAUAACAAAUUAAUAUAUUUAUCAAAAAACCAAUAUUGGACACAAAGACGAAGAAUUGCAAGAAGAAAACGUUUAUUAUCUGUUUUUCGUAAUUUGAGUAUAUAUAAAACUAUGGAUAGCCAUAUAAAAGAUAUAUAUAAAUUUGUUAAUACUAACUUUGCAGUUGUUGAAGGAAUAAAGUCAAUAUAUAAUGACGAAAAAAAAAUAUUAUAUACAAAAGAAGACGAAGAUUUAAGAUUAUAUUACAUAAGAAAUGAAGGAUUAAUUAAAAAACAUUGCUCUGCACAUAUAGUUACAGCUAUUUCUUGGUUUUUAAAUCAGGUUAAUCUAAAUAUGUAUGAUAAUAAUAAAGAUGUCCUUACCAUAUUUCGAGAGAAAUUUUCUUCAGAGAAUAUUAAUAAAAUUAUUAAAUCCCUUUAUACUUAUAAAGAUUUUUAUGAAAAAAAUGUAAUUAAUGUAUGUGUACGAACUAUGGAAGAAAUAAUUGAAAUUGUAGGUUCAGCGAUGUUAGUACAUGCAAACAAGGAGGUUACCCUUUUAAAAAAUAAUUUAACAUUUUCAAAUUUAAUUAGAUCAAUGGAACUUAUAUUAUUACAAUCUAAAAUAAAUAGUAUUAGCAAAGAAGACGAUCAACCAAGUGAUGAUGAUGAUGAUAUGGAAAUUUCUUAUGAGUUGAGAUCCCAUGAAAAUUUAAUAUGUUUAAUGAAAUAUUUAUCUAAAGAAAUGGAGUUUUAUGUUUCAUCAUUAAAAUCGGAGUAUUUUAAAAAGCCAAUCAAAGAAAAUUAUAAUAACUUUAAAACAAAUGUUAAUUAUUUUUUUUUAUGCUAUUCGAAAAUAAUACCAUUUGAGGUUUUAUAA